UCUCAGUUGUUAUCCAACUAUCCGAUUGAUUUGACUUGACUAAAAUCAUCGGGACAACAUAUAUAAUAUUUUUAACGAGUGUUAUGAUUUUUUUUAAAUCUUAAUUAACAGUUUAAUAUUUUUUUUUUUCAUUUAAAAUGACAAUAAGAAGUGGUAAAAGAGAAUUUCAAUGGCCUUCGGUGCUAUGGUGUCUUCAUCUUUAUAUUUUAGGAAUUUAUGGACUUUAUCAUCUUGUUUUUGUAGCAUCAUGGCUAACUGUUUUAUUUGGAUUAUUAAUCAUCACAAUGGGUUACAUUGGCUUGACAAUUGGAGCACACAGAUUAUGGGCUCAUCAAUCAUUCGAGGCCAAUGGAUUUACAAAAUUCAUCUUAAUGUUAUGCCACACUCUAGCUGGUGUUGGACCAAUUUAUGAUUGGGUACUUGCACAUAGAAUUCAUCACAAAUAUUAUGGUACUGAAAAAGAUCUUUUUAAUCACAAUAAAGGAUUUUUAUACAGUCAUUUUAUAACAAAUCUAUUGGGUUAUCCAAGUGACUAUGAAAAAACAGCAAAAUUAAUUGACAUGAGAGAUAUUGAGUCAGAUUAUUUCGUCUGGUUUCAAAAAAGAUUUUAUACUGUUUUAUUUAUAAUUUUUGGAUUAUUAUUACCAAUAAAUGCACCAGCAGAAUACUGGGAUGAGCCAAUUGAUACUGCAUUUUAUGUUAUUGGUUUUUUCCGUCUUUGGGUACUAUUAAAUGUUGGCUGGUUAAUAAAUAGUGCAAAAAUCAUUUGGGGACUUCAAUCAAAAGACAAAUUUCCUCCAGAUGAUAAUUCAGUAUUUAUUAUAAAUAAAUCAUUUUGGCCAAAUUAUCAUUAUUUAAUGAGCUGGGAUUGGAAAACAAAUGAAUUUGGUGGAUAUGAUAGUGGUUUUACAUCAUUUUUAUUAACAAAUAUGGAAAAUAUUGGACUUAUAAGUAGCAUGAAAAGUGCAUCUAAUGAAAGUAUAAGAGAUGCACUUUAUAAAUUAUCAAUUAAUAAAAAUAAAAGCAUAACAAUUGAUGAUAUUUUUGAUAAAGUUAAAUUAAAUGCUGAAUAUGAAGCAGCUAAAGCUAAACUUCGAUUUGUUCAUUAAAUUUGUAUAUUCAUUAGCUACAUUUGAUCAUUUUUUUUUUUCAUAUUAAAAAUUCAUUGUAACAAG